AUGGACAUGUUGAUGGCUCAACCAGAUGUUGCUGAUCCUAAGCAUACUAGCACCACAGUCAUUUAUGGUGCAAAGUACCAGUUUGGGCUACAUGCUAGACAAGCUGUGGAAGCUUCGGCUGGUGCAGGUGGUGCUUGUAAUGAAGACCUUCCAAGUGGUGCUACUGUCUCUACUGAGUGUGAAACAAAGAAACCACUUGCCAACGCCUUUUCAGUUUCUGCAGAUUCACAUCAUGAUCCUGUUACCCUAGACACCUCAAAUAGGACAACCAUCACAACCUCACCCUUGCCUAGCGCAUCCCUUAUCACACCUAGUGUGGUUUUCGACCCACCACCAGCAAUUUCUCCUACACUAAUUACGACUCCUGCUGUAUCUGUUACAGUGUUUGUCACAUCUCCCAAUAGCCACUUGGAGCCUUUGCCAGACCUCCGAGCCAGUUCAACGUCAAAUACCAUCUCAUCUAUAACUGACGCCAAUGGACCUCCCUCAACCACACACUUUAAUGCUGCUUCAUCAGUAAUAUCUUCUGCAACAAAGAAUGUUGCUUUCUCAACAAUCACAACAAGUUUGUCUUCUGGUAUUUCUACAGGAACAUCUUCGGGUUCAAAUUCAAGCUUACAUCCAGUACUGAGCAAAGGAGAAACACUCGGAAUCUUCGUAGGCGUCGGAUUUGCGAUCGUCAUCGCUGCAAUAUCUGCACUUUGCGUAUUUAGGCGUGUCCGAGCCUCCAAGUCGAACACAUCCCCGCCUUUGAGCAAUCCUAUUAUUGACGACACGCACACUAUACGCUCUCGUAAUGCUGGGUCAAUUGAUCCGUACCGCAUCGAGGAGUAUCUUCGAACUUCUUGGCACGAGGACGUUGCAACGCUUCGGAAGUUCAAUAUGAACGGACCGUAA